AUGGCUCUUCCGUCCGAAAUCUGGGUCCUAGUGUUUUGUCACUGUGAUGUUCAGGGUCUUGUCAGUCUAGGACAAGUGAAUCGGCUGUUAUUUGAGAUUUUGAGAUCGCCGAGCAUGGAGAGAGUGCUGGAGACGGCAGUUACCGGCGCGUGUCCGUUCAUGAGCCAUUCUGAGCUGUUUGACUGCGACCUGGGUGGUUCAGAGCCUCGGUUGAACGGAUGGUUAGGGUCUGCUCUUGUUCUCAACAAGAGGAUGCAAAAACACAAUGUUUUGUUGGCAGAUUUUGUUGAAAAGACCCCCGCAUCGAAUGAGUACUCCUAUCUGACCGGUUUACACGGUCUCAGCACCACGCAGUAUUCUCCAGGCAUGCAAAGGCUCCUUUCUGCCGACGAAUCGAGUUUCGAACGACAAAUGGCCCUGAGAAAGACCAAGGGGGCCCUCGAAGACAUGUUGGGUGUGGAGGGAGAGGAAGAGACCAAGUUUUUCGACAAUGGAGUGGAACUGGCGGCUCACAAGGGUACCAAGAUGGUGCUAGCUAGGUGGAAAGAUGGCCAACUAGACUUGGACAAUGCUCACCUUCUGUCUAUUGGGGAGGGUGGAGAAGCUGGAUCGAGAACUUGUCUUUCUCAACUGACAAGCCACACAUUGAUUAUCAAAUCGAAAGACUGCUACCAUUCCUACUACCUCCUCAAGGAACACCACCAUCUCCAACUUGUACAUCUCUUCACUCUCCAGGCACUCGUUCCUCCCCCCGUAUUCGAUUACAACGGAUACUUGUGGACAAUACUCAAUCACCAGCUGGUUUCAAUCUUCACCAGCUUCAACGACAACUCGUGCAACUCCUAUACCACCAAUAUGGAGCCGGUUCAUCUGCCCAACAAACCACUCUCACGCACCUUCUGCACGCUGGCAGAGACUCCCUUUCGACACAGAAACGGAAUGAAACGGUUCCUGCUGCUCUCAGAAAACCCGUACUCCACAUGCGAUCUCUUUGUGGACUUGAAAACAGGCCAAAAGUACGCCAGUAGACCACUCGAGGCACACGACAAGGUGUAUCCUGUAAUGGAUCGACAGAGAUUGUGUUUCGUCAAGAGAAGCUAG